AUGAUUGGACUUCCAUUAGAUGGUCAUGAUAUCAAUUCCAGAAAAAGAAAAUGGAUAAUUGGUGGUGUUGCACUUUUAGUUUCAGCUUUAAUUAUUUUUUUUUCAACAAAUUUAUUCAAUUAUUUUAAAAUUGCAAUAACUUCAAUUCCAGAUCAAUCAAAAAUAUGUCCAUUACAACCAAAAAUUGCUCCAAAAUCAUUUUACAAAGAUAAUUCAACUGUAUUAAUGAUCUUGAAUGAUGAGAAAUACAAAAAAGAAUCAGUUGAAAGAUUAAGUGGUGCUAUACAAGUUGAUACCCAAAUUUUUGAUCAUCCACCUGAUGUUGGUAAAGAUCCAAAAUAUUGGGAAAAAUUUGUUAAAUUUCAUAAAUACCUUGAAAAAACUUUUCCCUUGGUAUAUUCAAAUUUGGAUAUUGAGAAAGUAAAUACUUAUGGUUUAAUUUUCACUUGGAAAGGAUCAAAUAAAAAAUUAAAACCAGUCAUGCUCGCAGCUCAUCAAGAUACAGUUCCUGUUCAAAAAUCCACCCUUGAAAAAUGGACAUACCCACCAUUUGAGGGGAAAUUUGAUGGCGAGUACAUUUAUGGAAGGGGAUCAGUUGAUUGUAAGAAUGUUUUAAUUGGAAUCCUUGAAACCUUAGAAUUAUUACUUUCUGAAGAUUACAAACCAGAUAGAACUAUUAUAGCUGCGUUUGGGUUUGAUGAAGAAUCAUCAGGUGUACACGGAGCUCAAGAAAUCAGUAAAGUUCUUGAAUCCCAAUGGGGUUUAGAAGGUUUAGAAUUAAUUAUUGAUGAAGGAAGUGGUGUAUCUGAUGAACAAUUAACUGACACAAUUGUUGCUGCUCCCGGUGUAGCUGAAAAAGGUUAUAUUGAUGUUCAAGUUGAAUUAACAACUCCAGGUGGUCAUUCAUCAAUUCCUCCUGAUCAUACAUCAAUUGGAAUAAUUUCAGAGUUAGGUUACUUAAUUGAACAAAAUCAAUUUGAUCCUAUUCUCACAUCUAAAAGUCCAAUAUUUGAUUAUUUUCAAUGUUUAGCAGUUCAUGAUCCAAAAGAUAAAAUUCCAAAUUACUUCAAAAAGAUCAUCUUAAGAUCAGGUUAUGACAAAUUUGCCAACUCAAAAUUAGUAGAAAGUAUUGUUUCAAAUAGAUUUGACAGAUAUUUGAUACAAACUUCUCAAGCUUUAGAUAUAAUUAACGGUGGAGAAAAAGCUAAUGCAUUACCAGAAGAUACAAAAUUACUUAUUAACUCAAGAAUUGAUAUUACUUCAAGUGUUUCAUUUGUUAAAAAUCAUUAUACUGAAAAAGUUGUUGAAGUUGCAAAAAGACAUAAUUUAAAAGUUUAUGGUUUUGAUGAUAAGGUAGUUUAUGAACCUGAAAGUAGUGAAAACUCAGGUGAAUUUUACAUUAAAGCAUUAUCAGAGUUAGAACCUGCUCCUAUUACUCCAAUAAAUACAAAAGUUUUUAAAGCAAUUGCAGGGGUGAACAGACAUGUUUUUGAAGAUUUAGUCUUCAAAGGUGAGAAAGGUUACGUCUUGACAGCAAGUGCGUUUAUGACUGGUAACACUGAUUGCAGAUACUACUAUGGGUUAACCAAGAACGUCUAUCGUUAUUCACCAAUGUUUGUUUCAAGUUUUAUUGCUGGACUUGGAAUACAUUCAGUUGAUGAAAGAUUACCAUUUAAUGCGCAUUUACAAUUGACUGCGUGGUUUUAUGAGUUCUUGCAAGUCAUUAAUAACGAGAAGUUAUAA